UUUGUAAGUCUAGCACUUCUCAAAACAAAAUAUUCUAUCGGAAGAUAUGUACACACAAGAGAGCAUAAAGUAUGGGAUUUCUGAAAAACGUCUAUUUAUUUUGUACCAUUUUGCAGACAUUAGCCUAUCAUAACUCACAGCAAUGCCUUUCAUGCCAGUUCAUACCUAAAAUUACAAUAGAUCAUACCAUGUACUACGGAAACAAAAACAAUCCUACAGACAAAAAGGAGAACCACUAGUAAAAAUAAUUGAUGGAGCUGUUCAACAACACCUCAUAUACCAGGAAUCUGCAUUAUGCUAACCGCCACCAAACUUAGCAGUACAACAAUGUAUAGAGACCAGGAUGGAGCCAUAGAAAUUGAUGAAGAUUCCGGCAAAGAUUUGGAUGGUGGAAAGGCCGCAUCAUGUGCAGGAGCAACCGUAGAAUCUGGGUUUGGAGGGCUCCGGCUAGCAGGGAUGGUAGGCAGUGAUGACUCGGAUGGAGGAAGUGCCACACCACCAGGAGAAGGAAAUAAGGGACUGAUGUCUGGGGAAAGAGCUGGAGAGGACACAGGAGCACUUGGCAAUAAUGCAGGCGCAGCUGAAAUGGUUGAAACACUCGUUCUCAAGUUUAGUUUAGAUGCCAUGGCUAAUGAAGAGCAGGCCAUCAAGACAGCUAACAUUGCCAAUAUGGACCAAAAGGAAGCCAUUAAUGAUGAUGAAAUCAAUUGCGUGAUAAUGAACAGAAACAAAAAUAUGUUUCCCAGAGAGAGAGUGGAAGAAUAUGGGAGGAAUGGGAGGAUGGUCAUGAAAAGGGGUUAAACUUGCGGAAGUGCUGGUGGUGUCUGAAUGCCAUGUUGCCAAAAGAUAACUGGGACCCAUUAUGAUAAUACACUCUGUAUGUUAGCUAAGGGACAAGUUCGAUGUGUGGUUUUCUGGUGGAGCACAUGAAGAACAGGUGCCUUUUAGCUUUUUCAUUCCCUUUUGAGCAUUUGGUGCUGCA